GAUAUCCCGUUUACCAACUGUCACCUAUAAAUGUGCUUCAAGCGCACCACUUGCAGUGCAGGACUCCUCCGUGCGCCAUCACCUCCCCAAAUGAGUUGACUGAGUGGAAAGCAACGAGUCCGGAUGGUUCCGUCCCGCGGUGCAAACUUCCGACGGGUCCAAACCUCACGGCUCAACCCGGCAUGAUCAUUUCUAACGUGAGCCUGAUCUGUGCGCGCUGUCACGGGGAAGUAACGACGGACGCGUACGAGGAGGUAUCCGGCUCUCUUCCUCCUCCGUCCCUGACCCCGACGGGACACCUGGUGGUGGCGGUGUGCCUCGGGUUCAUCGGCACCUUCGGGUUCCUUAGUAACUUCCUGGUGCUUGCGCUGUUCUGCCGGUACCGGGCUCUGCGCACGCCCAUGAACCUCCUGCUGGUGAGCAUCUCGGUGAGCGACCUGCUGGUCAGCGUGCUGGGGACCCCGUUCAGCUUCGCGGCCAGCACCCAGGGACGGUGGUUGAUCGGACGCGCUGGGUGCGUCUGGUAUGGCUUCAUUAACGCAUGUCUUGGUAUCGUCUCCCUGAUUUCCCUGGCUGUUCUGUCCUACGAGCGUUACGAUACCAUGAUGACACCCAAUAUGGCUGAUGGAAGGGAUUUCCGCCCAGCACUGGGAGGGAUCUGCUUCUCCUGGCUCUACUCUGUGGCCUGGACUGUGCCUCCCCUGCUGGGCUGGAGCAAAUAUGGGCCAGAGGGUCCCGGUACCACAUGCUCAGUCGACUGGAGGACUCAGACACCCAACAAUAUCUCCUACAUCAUCUGCUUGUUCACCUUCUGCCUGGUCCUGCCUUUCAGCGUCAUUGUCUACUCAUAUAGCAAGCUGCUGCACGCCAUCAGACAGGUCAGGAGAAUGAGUUCGGUGGUGACCCGUCGCAGAGAGCAGCGCGUGCUGGUGAUGGUCAUCACCAUGGUGGUAUGCUACCUGGUCUGCUGGCUGCCCUACGGAGUCGCAGCCCUGCUCGCCACCUUCGGCCCCCGUGACCUGUUAACUCCGGAGGCAAGCAUCACGCCAUCGCUGCUGGCAAAAUGCUCCACCGUUGUCAACCCUUUUAUAUACAUAUUUAUGAACAAACAAUUUUACAGGUGUUUCCGGGCGUUCUUCUGCUGCUCCAUCCAAGAACAAGGCACCACCUUAAAGACAUUUUCGCGGGCAACUAAGACGCUCCGCAUGCCUCGCCAGGAAAGGGACAUCCAUGAGUCUGCCCCAGCACCAUCCACAGUCCUGCCCACACCCAACUCCAUCCAUAGGUCAUCACAGGGGGCCAAUCGUGUGGCUCCCUCUUCAACAAAUCAAGGCUACGAAGCUCCUGCUGAUGUCGACCCCAAACCUAAACUGAUUCUGGUGGCCCACUACAGGGAAUGAAAAGACAGAGACAAUUGGAGCUGGACGUUCACAGAUAAUAAAAGGAGCAAAUGUCAAAGGAAGCAGGUCCCCAAUUAAGACAAAUCCUCUUCAUAGCAGAAAUGUGCAAAUGCAAAAUGAGGCGUAAAAACUUGUGGGGACAUUUUAAUCCCAAAACAGGCCAUCAUUGCUCUGCUGUGUCUGUAAACAGGAACACACAAACUAGCCCAUCCUGCUUCCCAAGAACCUCAGUGCACAACAUA